AUGAUGUCCAUCAACACCGUGCCUGUCCCUCCCUGCAGAAUAUCUGGUGCCAACGUCUUCAAUGUCCUCCUCCUUGGCGAGACCCAGGCCGGAAAGAGCACUUUUGUCCAAGCGGUCAAGCAAUAUGCCAACCCAAAGCAUGUCAUUGAAAAGGACACCAUUGGCAGUGGCAACACGUCAAAGACCAAAAAUGUCCACCAAUAUUGCGUCAAUACCCAGUAUCCAGAGCAUGAGGUCCGCGUAGAAACUCAAUCUAACGAUGGAACUUCUAACACCUCUGUUGUCAAUGUCGAUGCGAUUUUGGACGAGAACAAGGCUGACUGGGAGGACUAUGAAGAUGCACUCGACGAUCGCAAGAAGAAGAAACUUCAUCGGUGCGAUGACUCCAAGGAGCAGGAAAAACAUCACAUCCAUCUCUAUGACACUCCUGGCCUGAACGACACCAACGGUCAAGAUGAAGUUCACAUUGCCUCCAUCAUCAAGAGUCUUCAGACAGCCGGGAGCAUCCAUCUCGUUCUCGUCAUUGUUGGAAACUCGCCCUUCACGCCUGGUUUUCAAUCUGCACUCGAGUGCUACAUGGAGGUGUUUCCCGAAUUCCAAGGCGUCAUUGCUUUUGUGCACACCAAAUUCGAUUAUGUCAACCUUCACCCUCUUCGAAAGGACAAGAUCUCCGGCAUGGACGAACGCAAGGAGAAGCUGCACGAAAUCAUGGGUCGUCCGAGCUGCAAGCACUUUGUGAUCGACUGCGACUUUGAGGCGACCAAGCCGAUCCGGAGAUGCAUCACCCAGAACAUAAUCCGAGAGAUCCUCAUGGAGGCGAAAACAAACUUGCCAGUGUCGAUCGGUACUGAGACUGUCCGCAAGACGCCAAAGAUGAAGGCCGUUGACAGGAUCGUCAUCAACAAGUACAACGCCAUCUUGAUUGCCACCACCGAAACCCUCAAGACCAAGAAUUCCGAACAGAGCGCUGCCAUGAGUAGGAUCGUCCAGCUUGACACGAGGCUGAACAGGAUCCAGGCAACCGAAUCAGAAAUGUCGGAUUACAUCAAUACCCACAACACACCAGAGUAUAUUUUCAUUGACGAGCGUUCCUUUGACCAGCCCUGGCGUAUCGUGGACCUGGACCGUCGCCACACCAUGUCGUUGCCCUUGCAAGAAUACACUAUCCAUCGAGUGCUUACUUCUCAGCAGCACACCUAUAUCAAACGCACUAGAGGUGGAGAAGGUGACAAGUUCUGGGGGGUUGACUUUAAACGGAAAGCGUACAAGCACGGAGUGCUGCGUGCCAAGUUUUACACGACUUCUGCCGAAAAGUUUAGGUACCAGAUUGCGGAUGCAUGGAAAAAACUCACUACUGCACAACGCGACUAUCCAGGGGCGAUUCAAGACUUGAAGGAGUUUACGGUGGACAAGGCGCGUCUGCUUCAGGAGAUCGGGGUCCUCCGGCAAAGGAACAAGUUGGCCACAGACAUGAUUGCCAAGGCAAGAGAACCUUCAAUGAAGCUGGCUCAGUUUGAGGAAUCAGUAGCGAUGGGGACUUACUCUGUGGAUAAUUCGGGGGUUGUGGAGAUGAUUGAAGCACGAUAUUUGGCAGUGGUCUCGAAGGAGCGAUAG